AUGGCGAAAUUCGGUUCGAAGAACAAAUCAUCCAUAUGUGCCUCAAAUGGUUGCAUCUUCCUCGGAGGAGCAAUGUCAGCUCUUCUUUUAAUAUGGGGUCUCUCUUCUUUCAUCAACCCAAUCCCAAAUUCCAACCCCAAAUUCAACUCCAUUGCUAACCAUCUCAAAGCCUUAAACUUCACCACAAAUAACAACUUCACUCAAAAUUUGUUAUAUGAUCCAUUGGAUAAAACUUUCUAUGAUGAUCCAGAAACAUGUUACACCAUGGACAGACCAAUGAAGAAUUGGGAUGAGAAGCGUAAAGAGUGGCUACUACUACAUCCUUCAUUUGCCGCUGAAGCAGGUGAAAAGAUACUCGUAAUAACAGGUUCGCAGCCGACAAAGUGUGAUAACCCCAUCGGCGACCACCUUUUACUACGGUUCUUUAAAAACAAAGUUGAUUAUUGUCGGAUACACAAUCACGACAUAAUCUACAACAAUGCGUUGUUGGACUUGAAAAUGGACUCUUAUUGGGCCAAGUAUCCUAUGGUUCGGGCCGCAAUGUUGGCUCAUCCAGAAGUUGAGUGGAUAUGGUGGGUUGACUCUGAUGCAGUUUUCACUGACAUGGAGUUCAAAUUGCCAUUAAACCGUUACAAGGAUCACAAUCUCGUAAUUCACGGUUGGGAACAUUUGAUUAAGGUAGAACAUAGUUGGACUGGGCUAAACGCGGGGGUUUUCUUAAUGCGGAAUUGUCAGUGGUCGUUGGACUUUAUGGAUGUUUGGGCCAGUAUGGGACCAAAUAGUCCAGAAUAUGAGAAAUGGGGGGAGAGAUUGAGAGCUACUUUCAAAACAAAGGUGGUACUUGAUUCAGACGAUCAGACGGCGCUUGCUUACUUAAUCGCAAUGGGAGAGGACAAAUGGACAAGCAAGAUAUUUUUAGAGGAUGGGUUUUAUUUCGAAGGUUAUUGGUUGGAGAUUUCAAAAAUGUACGAUAAAAUGACGAAGAAAUACGAUGAGGCGGAAAAAAGGGUGGAAGGAUUAAGAAGAAGACAUGCAGAGAAGGUUAGUGAACAUUAUGGUGAAAUGAGGGAGAAGUAUGUUAAGGAUUUAGGAGAAUUAAGGAGACCCUUUAUUACACAUUUUACAGGGUGUCAACCUUGUAAUGGUCACCAUAAUCCAAUGUAUGCUGCUGAUGAUUGUUGGGAUAGUAUGGAGAGGGCUCUUAAUUUUGCUGAUAAUCAAGUUUUGCGCACAUUUGGUUUCAUUCAUCCAAAUCUGUUGGACAAGUCUGUUUCUCCAUUACCCUUUGGAUAUCCUGAUGCAUCAGCAUAA